GGGGAGUGGGGGCCCACAGGUACUACGAGAUAGACAACAAUUGUCGUUAUGUUUCUGCCUGUUUUCUCGAAGAGACUGGCGCACAAAACUUCAGAUACCGAGUUCGUGUCCGCACUAAACACCCUUAACUCCAUGUGAGAAUCGCAGCCGAUCCCGUUGUCGACGUAUGGCAGCGCAGACGGCCGGCCUCCUCUCGGCCUCAUUCUUCUCAGUUGCUCCACCGCCCGAAUGUCUCGCUGCCGGAGGGAGGAUUGAUCAGUCGAGCUCUCUCAGGAAUUCGAAGGCGUUGCGCAGGCCGGUGAGUUUGAGGGUCGACGGUGGCAGGAUUGGUCGAAAGCUCGGGGACUCGAGUUGUAGGUCGUUAGGCGUUAGGGUUUUGGCCGAGGGAAUGGGGGAGAUCAAAGUGAUGGAGGUGAAAGAAGUCGAGGGCACUGAUCAGCACACUGUGGAGGAAGUCAGCAACUAUCAGAAUAUGCCCACUCUGCCCAUAGCUGCCGCCUUGGCAGCGUCAACAAGUGAAUCGGUGGAUGUAAACGGCACCGUGUGUAAUCUACUAGAUCGGGGUAACAAGAAACAAGUAUGCUUGUUUUACAGCAGUGAAACAGAAGAUUUGGCUCGGAGAAUUGCAGCAGAAACGGACUCCAUCGAGCUGAAGAGUAUCAAAUGGGGGACUUUUGCUGACGGAUUUCCGAACAUAUUUGUACCAAAUGCUCAUGGAAUCCGGAGUCAGCAUGUCGCCUUUUUGGCAUCUUUCAGUUCUCCUGGUGUCAUCUUUGAACAACUCUCUAUCAUCUACGCCUUGCCCCGGAUGUUCGUGGCAUCCUUCACUUUGGUCUUGCCCUUCUUUCCCACUGGGACAUUAGAGCGCAUGGAAGACGAGGGGGACAUUGCCACAGCUUUCACUCUUGCCCGGAUAUUAUCCAACAUUCCAAUUUCCAGGGGCGGACCGACAAGUCUUGUCAUAUUCGAUAUCCAUGCACUACAGGAACGAUUCUACUUCGGUGACAAUGUUUUACCGUGCUUUGAGAGUGGUAUUCCCCUAUUAAAGCAUCGGUUGCACCAGCUUCCUGACGCAAACAAUGUUAGCAUUGCCUUUCCUGAUGAGGGUGCAUGGAAGAGGUUCUACAAACAGCUCCAGCACUUUCCUAUGAUAAUCUGUACGAAAGUUCGAGAAGGAGAUAACCGCAUCGUGAGGCUCAAAGAAGGUGAUCCAAAAGGCAGGCACGUCGUAAUUGUAGACGAUUUGGUGCAAUCAGGAGGCACCUUGAUCGAAUGCCAGAAACUUUUAGAAUCCCUCGGAGCGAGCAAAGUGAGUGCAUACGCAACACAUGGUGUCUUUCCCAAGAGAUCCUGGGAGCGCUUCGCUCAUGGUCCAAAUGGUUCUCAAGGUUUUACACAUUUCUGGAUCACCGAUUCAUGCUCAACGACUGUAAAGGAGGUGAUGGGUAAGGCUCCAUUUGAGGUUCUUAGUUUAGCUGGCUCAAUAGCUGCAGCUCUUCAUAUAUGAGUGCAGACUUAUAUUAGGCAGGAUUUGGAAACUCUCGGAGAAUCAAGAACGAUUAGAUUUCAUUCUACUUCUAGAUUUAGAUUGAGGCUGUCAUGUCACAUAUCGUUGGAUAUGUCGGAGUUGAGGUUAGAAUAUCGUGACGUAGUUUCAUAUCAAUUUCACGCUGUCAGUGAGACAGGGUAAACCUUGUCUCGCUUUUCUUAGUUCCCUAGAAUCUUUAGAUCUUGAGGUGUCAGUUAUGACCAUUUAGCGCGGCGUCUCAAAGAGCGGUCGUGGGAUCUAAGUUUUGUAGAAUAGGAGGGUAGUAAAGAGAUUAUUAUAAUAUAUAUUGACAAUUUUUCCCACCUCGUUGUUCUCAUCAAUCAAUUAGUUUUUAUGUUCACACCUUCAGCAUCAAGCGGAGGUAGAUCAGCAGUUUUAACAUAUCC